AUGACUAUACUGGACGGGAUAGAAGAUGCUGUGAAAAAGAUUAAUGAUAAAGCAAUUAAAUUGGACACUAUUUUCAAUGAAUCAAGUACUUCAAAUAAUGAUCAAGAAAUAAAGAGUCUAUUGCAAAGCAUAAAAAAACAAAAUCAGGACAUUUUAACUGUGCUGGAUGAUAUAAAUAAAAAAAUAAUUGCAACAAAACCUUGCGAUCAAAUAUUUGUUGCAAACAAACAAAUAGAUAAUCCAAUUGGUGAUAACAUCAAUGCUACGACGCCUUCGAAAGAUAUAUCGAACUUUUCAAAUAAAAGGCGUUCCCCUAAUUCAACAUUGUAUAAAAGAAGAAAAGAAAUCUCUGAUAAGCAUUCAUCAGAAAUUGAAAAUUUUAACCUGGCAAUGAAAGAAGCACCAGAAAGUGUCUCCGAAGUAUAUUAUGAAUAUGAAAAUAAAUUAAAAAAACAAGUACAAGAUUUUGAGAAAAAAUAUGGUAAAGGGCAAUUAUCAAGAAUAUCAAAAAUAAGAACAUUACAAAGACGAGGCGCAUUAACUAGUGAAAUUAAUAAAUAUGCAUUGUCACAAAAUAUCACCACAGAACAGGCUAUAGCUUUUUUCCAAAACAUAAUAGUAGAAAAGAAUAAAAGUGUUCCCUGGUUGUAUAGCAAUUUGGCAAAAGUUUUAAAUGAAUACGAAAUAUGA